AUUGGCAACACUGUUUGCAAUGUUUGCAUCUGUUUCAAAAUUUUAACGUUUGUAUUUGUGUUCUGUGCAUUUGCUGUUCUUGCGAAAAUGGCAAACUUUUUUACUUAUUUAGAAGAAUUAAAUCAAAUAUCUUUUACUGAACUUGAAACGGAUCCUGGCAAUAAACUUGCAAACGAAUUGGAGAAAUUCUUUAGGGAUUGUCAGCAUGUCAAAUCUCAAAUUGGAAAACGUAAAUACGUACCUUUAGGCGAGUUAUAUGAAAGUAUUAAAGAAAAUGAAGAGCCAGAAUGUGAUGAAACAAAAAAUACAAAUGAGACUGAAAGCGGUAGACGUUCACGUCAAUUACGCUCCUCAGAAAUUAAGCAGGAAAAUUUGUUUAACACAAAGCCUGUAAAAAAGCAAAAAAUUUCUGACAUAACAGAAACGCGUGAACCUUUGGAUAAAUCAACCAAUGAUGAAGAAUCCAUACAAAUUAAGAAGGAAAAAGACCAAAUGCCAGCACCAACACAAUUGCCUCCAAGAAAAAAGAAAGUCAAAGCUGAAGUUCCGGAAAGGCCUGCGCGUACUACCAGAAGUAAAGUAAACAAAACCAAGGUUGAAAUUAAAAAAGAACCUGUUAGAAAAGAUUCCGAUGUAGAUAUAAUCAAUACAACUAUUCCAGUAAUUGAAUUACUUGAUGAAUCGGAUUUGGAAAGUACUAAGUCAAUUCAAGAUGCAAAUGAUGAACCAUCCAGAAGUACAAUAACAAUUACUAAAAAUGCAGAAACUGGAUCGGACAAAGCCGAAAGCACAACUAGGAAAACUAGAACUAAGACUAAAGCAGAGAAGACUAAACGGGAGCGAGAUGUGACUGAAGAUCGAGAAAGUGCUCAGCAAAAAAAAAAGUCGAGAUCUAAUUCAGGGAGAGAAAAAAGUUCAACUUUAAGCAGUACUCGGUCUUCAAACCAAACCGAGUAUGAAGAUGCUUUAGCUACUGUUAAUUCCACUUAUGUGGCUACUGACAAUAAUGCUAACGCCACAUACAAUGCGAAUGCUACGUAUGUUACCAAUGCAGAUUCAGAUACUAAGAUAAAUGGAAAGAAAAAGCCUAAGGAGGACUUAUUAAGCGAUGAGGAUACGGACAUUAAAGUUAAGGCAAAGCCAAAAUCAAAAUCCACCAAAAACCAUAACAAUGUUAAUUCCACCUUUAACAAAUUGGAUCUCAGUCCGGUAAUGAAAAAAGUUAAGGCAUUUGAAAAACUUGGAUCAGAACCAAGCUGCGAUUCCCUGUUAAAGAGCAAACAUGAUAAGAACAUAAAAUUAGGAACAGUAAAGGAAAAAUCCAAGAUGUAUACACCAACAACAUCGAAAAUUAUACCCAAGGCAUGUACUACGUCUAAAAUUCCCAAAGGUGUGUCUGGCCUAUCCUCCAAUGAAAGUGCACUCUCAGCAAAAACUGCCAGUCAAAUUAAAGCAUCCCAAGCAGAGUACAGAGAAAGGGAAAUGAGGAGAGAAGCAGAAGCAAUAAAGAAAAAAGAGGCAUUACUUAAGGCACAAAGUGAAGAAAGACGCAAAAAACGAGAGGAAAAACAAAUUAAAGCCCAACAGCAAAGGGAACAAAUUGAAAUGGAUAAGAAACGUAUUCUUGAACAACAAAAGUUAAAGGAAGAUCGAACUAAACAGUUAACUGGCGGAAAAGGAAGAGAAACAAAACACACAUAUCAGAGUGCGUGACCGUAAACGGUUACCAAACAAAGACAAAAGCGCUGCUAUUAAGUUGUUAAAAGAGAAACAGGAAGCGCUUCGAAUUGAAGAAAAAACGUAGGGCCGCCCUAAAGGAAAAACAGAAAAUGGCAACUCAAAAAAUGCCUGAAUAUAUGAUUUCAAAAGCGCCAUUGCUCCUACAGAAGAUUGCUAUGAUUCUGAUGAUGAAAGAAGUAAAAAAAGGAUACCCACUCUACCGUGGUGCACAUCACAAGCAAUGAAGGAAAUGCAAGAAGCAAUGCUGGCAGCCGGGGAAGCUUGCAAAAACACAUUCUUUUGUUGUCAAGCAAUUACACCUGAUCUGACUGAAAUAUUUGAGGCAAUAGAAUCGCAUAAGUUAAAAAGAACAUCGAGCGCAUUUGGCGAAAACCGCCACGUUACACCCUUAUGCCGAUUAGUGAUCAACCGGAAUUUGAAGAAGAGGGAAGAUGAUUAAGUAGGUAAAUUACUUGAAUUGAAUUUAGUAAUUUUUUAUAUAAAUUAUUUCAUAUAAAUUUUAAAGCUUGAAACUGAAACCAACAAGAAAAACUUUGAAUUAGUUUCAGUAUUUAUAUUAAAGUUUUUCAUCACGUUUGGUUUGAUGCUGAGCUGAUAUAUUAUGUAUAUUAUUUUUAAAACGUCAAUAUUUUAUGUUUAUUUAAUUUUAAUUUAUUUUUUCUACAUUUUUUAUGUUAAUUGUAGUUAUCUAAUUUAAUAAAUCUUUAAAAUAUUAA